AUGUCGCAAGUGGGCGCAAGUUUCGACUCUUUCGUGUCUAAGGCUGAGACCCUUAUUCACAAUUAUAAUCUAGAGCCUUGGGUUGUUCCAGGUCUCGUUGUCUCUGGCCUUGGUUUUGUGUAUGCUGUCAACAAACACCUGACUCAACGAGCCCUUAACCACGGCACCAAGGCGUCCUUUGACUGGAAGAAAGAAAUCAUUCUCGUCACUGGUGGAUCUGGUGGUAUCGGCGGCGCAACUGUGCAGCAGCUGGCGAGUAGGGGCACGAAGAUUGUCGUGGUAGACGUUCUACCCUUGACAUACAAGGCUCCCUCUAAUAUCCACUAUUACAAGUGUGACUUGACGAACUACGAGCAACUUCAGAUUGUAGCUGGAAAGAUCAGAGAAGAGGUCGGAGAUCCCACCGUAAUAGUUGCAAAUGCUGGCGUGUGUCGUGGCAAGCCGGUUCUCGCGGCCACUAAACGAGACAUUGAGCUGUUUGUACCCCAAAUUCGCCGAGUUUGGUGCCCUUCACUAACCCAAAAACCACUCGCAAGGACCUUUGGAGUCAACACGAUAGGUCUCAUAUGGACUAUCAAGACUUUUCUUCCCGCCCUGGUGGCUCGAAAUCAUGGACAUCUCCUCAUUGUUGCUUCGCAAACCGGACACAUGGCGACCGCGGGUGCGACCGACUACUCGGCCAGCAAGGCAGCCGCCAUCACCAUAUAUGAAGGCGUUCAUAGCGAGAUCAAGCACGUUCACAAAGCCACUGCCGUGCGCGUCUCCUGCAUAUCGCCUAGUCACGUCCAGACCAACAUGUUCACGGGCAUCAAGUCCGUGCCGGGCAUGUCGAGCAUGACAACGGAUUACCUCGCGGACAGAAUCACGGGGAUUCUCUACGGAGGGAAUGCCAGGAAUGUUCUGGUUCCCGCGACCGCAUCUGCUUCUCCUUGGGUUCGUGUGUUACCUGACUGGUUGCGAGUCUACAUGCAAGACCUUUCAUCCAGUGCCUUUACAGAGCUAAAGCCGCACGAUCCUCUGAAGGGACAGUAG